AUGGCUGCAGAUCGUCCCAGGGAGCCUGAGAUUAAGGUCUCGGACGAUGGCUUCAACGCCAACUUCAGCCUGUCACCUCGCCUCGAUCAACCUCCAUCCCGGCCCUUAGGCUCGACCGCACGAGGCAGACAUCAUCAUCACAAUCGCAACCAUUCCAUUGACACCAAGGAUCGCACCAGUCCCACCCUAGGUUUUGGGCCAAUGCAGCCCUCCUUCGAUCGACCUUGGACCAUGGCUGAAUUUGCAGCCGGUGAUCGAGCCACAGAUGCUCAUUCAGCUUCCUCCGAUUCAGCUCAUACUUCAGCUUCGAGAUCGUCGCCGGAUUCAUCUCGCCUUGUCAACGGAACGCCUGACCCUCUCUCGGGUCUCUCUGCGACACGGUCGAAACCCACCUCCAUCAGCCACAUCUCGGCCUCCAGCUCUCCUGUCCUUCAUCCAUCUACGCGAAAAGUCAGCUCUGGAUCCAACACUAGCAGCACCGGCAGCGCUUCCCCGGAUGCAACCUUCACACUAGAAUCGCGCCGGCUCAGUGCUCGCAACGCCGAUCGGCAUCAGCCGAACGGUACUGCUCACCAUUUGUCCGAAGGUAGCAGCCGGCGCACAUCGUCCCCUGCCCGUACCUUCACCGGUGCGCCCAUCUCACCGCGCCUCCAAUCCACAAUCUCGCCUCACACCGGUCUCGCACAUGCUCGUCGCGCCAGCACUGAGCUAGCCACGGCUCCUUUUCGUGCCCCUUCGCCCAUCUUUUUGCCAUCAGCUUCGCCACCCACGGGUCCUGCCAACCCAGACCCGCAGCACAGCUGGGAUUCCAUCUGGCCUCGCUCUUCCACUCCAGACCGCGCCGAUCAAUUGCGCAGGAUGGGCUCUAUCUCACCCGUCGCUGGUUCGCCAGGCCGCGCGUCGCCCUCUGCCUUGUCCGACUCGAUUAACCUGUCGCGCUCCCCUUCCACCUCGUUCGACUCGGGCUCCCCCUCAGGCUCCUCCACUACCGUGCUGGGAAGGCCCAAAGCGCGCCGGCCGCAUGAGUUGCGUGGUUCGUCAUCCUCCCCCAUCUUGCGCAUGAGUCCGAGUGGGUUGCGUGACAGUCACGAUCCAUCCAAGAGCCCUCGUAGAAGCUUCGAGACGGCCAAAACCGAGCCUGUUAUCAAGAUCGGUUUCGCACCACUCUCGCAUACUGCUUCCGAUGCUUCCAGGCCGCAGAGCGCUACUUCUGCGCUCGUUAGUCCAGCGAGCAAGGUGCUUUCGCCAGCCACGGAGGCAAGUCCGCAUGUCGACGCUGCCACUGCCCUCGCCUCGCACCGCACAAGCAGCACUGGCUCCUCGUGGCUGCACGACCGAGCCGAGUCGCCCUCUUCCGCCUUUGUCAUCGAUCCAAAGAAGCGUCGUGGAUCGGUGCCCAUCCCUCAAGCGCUGCCACUGCCCGCCAGGACUCCUUCGCCUAAGAUCUCGCCCACUUCCCCGCGCUCUCCCUUCCUCGAGCUGUCCAACCCGACUUCGUCGGCGCCCAACGGUUCCAACAUGGGUCUCAGCGAGAGUCCCCCCAAGACGCGCAGCUUCAUCGCCAUGCCACCCCGUUCAGGAUACGACCUCAGUGAUGACCCGGACGACGUCGGUUCGGAAGAGGACGGCUCCAACUCGGAGAGGGAAAGCGUGGGCACCAACGACGAAGAUCACGACGGCUCAGAGUACGACGACGAGGAAGUUGUCGAUGCGGCCGAUGCGAUCGAUGAUGAUCAGGAGCAACACAUGUCAGAAAGCGCGUACCGUGGCGUGGAAGAGGACUCGAGCGAGCCAUCGAGUCAGAGUGACGAUGUAUCAUCGCAAAAAAGUAGCAGCAGCAACAGCAACAGUACCGCUGGACCAUCCGAACGUCCCUCGCUGCCCAAACGACCGAGCCUCACCAGAUCUGGCGUGGUCCCACCACCCAUCACCAUCAUCGAUCAUGUGCGUAGUCCGCUCGACCCACUCGUUCAGGCCGAAAACUCCGCGCGUGCUCUCGCUGUUCAGAAGGGUUCGACGGGUAGCACCAUGCUCAACUUUUUCCGUGACGAGCGCAGUCAGCAAGAUCUGCAGCCACAGCUCGGCAUCACUGGUGAUGCACAGAUCUCCGACUCGGUCAUGCCGUCCGCGCUCGGUCUUGAUGCCGGUGAAGCACAGCCCAUGGACGCCAUGAUGGAGGAAGGAGGCAGGAGCAUCGAGCGAGACGAAGACGAGGAUGACGAGGACGAUGACGAGCAGGGCUAUGGCAUUGGCGUCGAGAGUGCAGACGAGGGGCUCAAUACACUCGAGCGCAUCUUCCUGUUCGCCAAGAGCGACAUGGCCUUCCACAGAGUCUUGGUCUCGCAGUCGCUGCCAGACUGGAUCCGCGAAGUGGAGCUCAACGAUGCCGUCGAAUACAUCAUCCCCUUGCUCAACGGCCUCGCCACCGAUGAACCCGACGUCUGCGCUGCUUUCGCACCCGAGGUUGGCCGGGUGAUGUGGUUCUUUUUCCGCAAUUGUCCCAUCGCCGAGCUUGCUGACGAAACCAGCGACACGCAGAAUGCCGACGAGGACCAGCCCGAAACGGCAUCGCGUCCAAGAAUCAGCCUCACCGCCUUCACGACGCUGCUGUGCGCAUUGCUGCUCAACCAGAACACUAUUAUCGCUGGGGCCACACAACAGUCGCUCGUUCAGCUGUUCUAUCGCCUUGACCGGCGCGAUCUUGAGUUGUCCAAAGAAGAGGUUGCCGAAAGAGAACAGGCAGAGAUCCAAGCCAGGCAGCAGGAGCAGGAUUUGGAGAGCUACAUCACCCACGCCUCGGGUCGAGAUGGACAGCCAGUUCCGCACGAGGACUACCGGUUUGACGAUCACGUAAGAAAUGCCGUCAAGAACGAGCUGCUCGUCAAUGUAGCCUUGGCCUUGGCGCAAAUCCACCAGCACGGACACGGUAGCAACGAUGAAGACCAGGACGAACAUUCCAAAGAGCAGCACGGCGCUUCAUCCGACUCCACGAGCGCCAAAGCCAAGGUGCAGAGGGACGCAGACGCAGACGAGGCGAUGGAAGAGGAUCAUGCGGAGACUUCUUCGGACACCGACCGAGCUGCGACUGAGGCUGCCUGGAACGAUGCCAUGGACGAAGAGCAAGGCUCUACAGACGCAAGUUCGUGGGGACAGGAUGACAACAUGUUCGACCAGCAGAGCGAUGGCUCGGCGAGUGACGUGCAGAUCGACGAAGACGAGGAAUCGGCCGUCGGCCGCAUGGCCUCUGUCAGCUUGCUUGCCGCAUUGGCUGCCGACGAGCUCAUCCCUCACGACGCGCUUCUGCACAGGUACGCUCCGGAGGUGCUCAAGCUCAUCGACGACGGCGCAUUCUAUGUUCGGAAGGAGGUGGCUAGCGCACUCGGACCCUUGUCCCGCAACAUGUCUGCCGAGGCGGUGGAGCAUACGGUGCUUCCGGCAUUGAACAAGGCCAUCCACGACCGCAACUGGCACGUUCGCCAAGCUGCAUGCUUCUCGAUCCCCGCCACACUCGGAAAGCUGGGGGACAAGUUGCGCCGCGAGCAGACGCUUCUGUUCAUGCGGUCGCUCGUCAAUGACGUCUCGCGUCAGUUGAGGAUGGCAGCGCUCGAGAUCAUCGGCGAAGUCAUCUACAUGUUCCAUGAGACCGAGGCCGGCGUGCCCGAGGAGCUCGUGCGCUUCUUCUUGGGGGAGCCAUUUGACGGUCCUCCGCAGCAAGGCGAUGCCUCUCUCACAUUUGACAAGACGAGCGACCCGGAAGGCACUGAAGCGCUGUUUGAAGAGGAGAGCGCCAUGAUGAUGGAUGGUGGCUCCGACCUGGGCGUGUCCUCCUCGCUUCGCAACGAUCGCAACGACCAAGAUUCUCUGCUGGCCAGCUUUGGGUACGGAGGCAACGAUAGCUCCAUGAUGGAGGCGGCGCCGUGGGACAGCAACUUCCGUGUCAGCAAUUUUGAUCCGGAGCGCCCGCUCGUGGUUGCCUACAACUUACCUGCUGUUGUGCUCACGCUGGGUUCGGAUCAAUGGAGCAGGCUGAAGCAGGUGCACGCCGAGCUGACGAGGAGCGACAAGCCCAAGGUGCGCAAGAGCUUGGCGGCUUCGCUUCACGAGAUCGCCAAGAUCGUUGGACAGGAUGCCACACGAGAUGACCUGCUACCGGCUGCGACACGGUUCUUGACAGACGACGACGUCGAGGUGCGCUCGGCCAUUUUUGAAAACAUGGACGUGUUCCUGUCGUGCUUGCGGCAGGUCGAAGCGGAGCGAAUGUUGUCGCAGCUCCUGUCGCUCUGGUCUUCGGGCGUGUUGCGAGAUUGGCGUCUGCGCGAACAGUUGGCACUGCACAUCCCAAGCAUGGCCAAGCAAUUCCUGCUCGAGGACGAAGACGGCAAUCUGGUGUCAUUGAUGCAGCUCGCGCUCGCGGAUCCGAUCAGCGCGGUGCGAGACGCUGGAAUCCACUGCGUGCCCGAUCUGUACAAGGCGUUUGCCGAGCAUGACCAGGUGAUCGCCGACGGCUUCCUGGGCAUGGUCAGCGACUUGGGCGACAGCACGGGCUACCGGUUGCGAGUGUCUUGCCUGCAGUGCAUCGGCGCGCUGGUGGAGGCGGGCAUUCAGCGGUCGUCUUGCGAGCUGCUGUUGCUCAGCCGGCUGAGCCAGAUGGGCGACGAUCGCGUUGUAGAUGUUCGCAUUGCGCUGUCACGGACACUGGGGCAGAUGUGUGGUCAGGACGAGCUGUACGCUCUGCCACAGUCGCGAUCCGAGGAUCUGAACAAGCUCAUUGCCAAGCUGACGCACGACGACUCGGAUGAGGUGCGCCAGCCCAUCGCUGGAAUUUUGUCGGAAGCGGAGCUCAAUGAGUAUGCUGCGCUUCCGCGAGAGGAGGCAGCGGAGCCUCGCAAGCUUGUUCUUGGACCUGCCGACGGCGGUUUGCAUCGACCUGAAGGCGAAGGCGGCUUCACGAGCCAGUUUGUGGACGCACAGGGCGACGAGGAGGAUGGCGACGUUUUCCAGAUGGACGACGACGGUCAAUUCGAGGAAGGCGGCCCAACCGGAGACAAGGAGGAAGAAGAAAGCCAGGCUGAAUCGAAGGUCAACGGCGACAAGGAUGCGUCUGAGCCAACGUCGCAGGCACAGUGGGCUCAGCACCUGGAGAUGUCACGCGCGAGCAUCUUCGGCGGCGCCAAACAUCAGACAGAGCUCGAUUUCGGAUCGGACUGGGUGAACGCGAACGGCCCUGCGUUCUUCGAUUAUGGCGACAAUGACGAGGACGAUGAGAUCCAAGACGACGAGGGACUGGGAGAGGAGCCUCAUCAUCUGCUCAACGUGGAUCGUGACUCGAGCGGGUCAGGCGAAUUGAUCGAGAACGAAACCGAUGACCAAGCUGACGAGAACAAAGCGGAAGCACAGGACGACGAGCAAGGCUCACAGCGGCAGCAACAGGCAGAUGAUAGCAUGGACGAAGCCAACUCUGAACCAGGCAUCACGCUGUCUUCGCCGCAGAGAGCGCUCGAGGCGGCAGCGAUUGCUGCAACUGGUAGCGACGCGGACGGGUUGGUGGACAGCCCGAGUCGGGCAGGAACUUCGACGUCGAGCGGCGGCGGUCAGGGCAAAGCAGCUGACCCAUUCCUGGCGUUUGUAGCAGGCCGUCGAUCUCAGGACCUGUCCAAGCUGCAGCCGGAACAGAUGGGCCGCAGCGUCAACUCGAAGCGUUCGAGGCUGUCCAACGGCACGGCUGCUGCCUCACACGACACGGCUGAUUCAGAAGCACAGCAGGACGCCGGCGGCGGCGACGAUGAAGAGAUGAUGGCGACACGCUUCCUUUCCAAAACUUCGGGCGAUUGGUCGGAGCUCACAGGCGACGCAAAGGAACUACCGCGCGAAGGUGAACACAACGCCUCUGCUGCGGACGACGACUUUGUUCAGGUGUAA